AUGGACAACAUCCGCGGCACGAACACCUGUGCCCUGUCGGGCUUGACGCCUAAAGAGUUGUUCGAUGCGGCGCCGGCCAGUGAGGAAUUCACCCGGAUGUUCCUCAACAACCGGGAGUACACGAACCUGCCCCGCAAGCUGAACGUGGCCUUCACCGGCUGUCUCGAGAACUGCAUCCACGCCGAGACCCAGGACAUUGCGAUGACCCCGGCCUUCGGUACGGACGGCGCUCACGGCUUCAACGUGGCUGUCGGAGGCAAGAUGGGUUCCGGCGGCAUGAGCAUCGCCGAGCCGUUGGACGUGUUCGUGAGCCCGGAGGAGGCGGCAAGCCUGGCCUCGACCAUCACCCUGAUGUUCCGCGACGAGGGUUCCCGAGAAAAGCGGACGCGGGCCCGGCUGGCCUUCCUGCUGGAUGACUGGGGAGUCGCCAAGUUCCGGGAACGGCUCCAGGGACGCUGGGGCCGCCCGUUGCAGCGGGCAGGACAGGACGCCCGGUACGAGCAUCACGCUGACCAUGUCGGCGUCAACCCACAGAAGCAGGAAGGGCUGUACUCCGUCGGACUGUCCGUUCCCACCGGCCGCACAUGCGCCGACGACAUGACCGAACUGGCCCGGUUGGCCUUGGUCUACGGCUCGGGGGCCAUCCGCCUGACCGUGGGACAGAACGCCAUCAUCGCCGAUGUGCCGGAGGCCAACCUGCCGGCGCUUCUGGAAGAGCCGCUGCUUUCGCGUUUGUCGCCCGACCCGGCUCCCCAGAUGCGGGGGUUGGUGAGCUGUACCGGCAACGACUACUGCAACCUCGCGUUGAUCGAGACCAAGAGCGUCAGCCGGCGCGUCAUCGAGGCCCUGGACUCCCGUUAUCCCGAUGCGGCUCCCCUGCGGAUGUACUGGUCGGGUUGUCCCGCGGGUUGCGGCAACCACCACGCCGCAGAUAUUGGUUUCCAGGGCGGCAAGACCAGGUUCGAGGGCGAAGUGGUCGACGCUGUAACAAUAUUCGCAGGAGGCCGCACCGGCCCCAACGCUCAGCCAGCGCGAAAGGUGAUGGAGCAGGUGCCCGUACUGUUCACCAGCGGUGGCGCCAGCGUCCUGCCUCGCGCUGCAAUGGAGAGCUGCAGGGUGACACAGAUUCACCGCUAUCCGACGAACGGCACUCAACGGCCCAACAAACUGCCGGCGUCGCAUUCCGACAGCUUAAUAGAGGCGACAGCAGACCCGAGAAGGAUGAGCGACUCCCAACACUGA